UUCACUCGCUCUUUCUUAGCGCCGUUUUAGCUCAAACAACGAUGGUAGAAGAAGCUCCAGCACCGGCCAGCUCGGCCCCCGCCAAGGCUCCUAAAAAGAAGACCGCGGCCAAACCCAAGAAAGCGGGUCCCAGCGUCGGCGAGCUGAUCGUCAAAGCUGUUUCCGCUUCCAAGGAGAGGAGCGGCGUGUCCCUGGCCGCCCUGAAGAAAGCUCUGUCUGCAGGUGGAUACGACGUGGAGAAGAACAACUCCCGCGUCAAACUCGCCGUCAAAAGCCUGGUGACCAAGGACAUCCUGGUGCAGACCAAGGGCACCGGCGCCUCAGGCUCUUUCAAGCUCAACAAGAAGCAGACCGAGGUGAAGAAACCCGCGGUCAAAAAAGCCGCCGCUCCUAAAGUGAAAAAGGCCGCAAAGAAACCCGCCGCUGCAAAGAAGCCCAAGAAGGUAACAGCCAAGAAGCCCGCAGCUAAGAAGUCCCCCAAGAAGGUCAAGAAACCCGCUGCUGCCGCUAAGAAAGCCACCAAGAGCCCCAAGAAGGCUAAGAAGCCGGCGACCCCCAAGAAGGCAGCCAAGAGUCCUAAAAAAGCCAAGGUAGCCAAACCCAAGACCGCUAAACCCAAAGCGGCCAAGGCCAAAAAAGCUGCCCCCAAGAAGAAGUAAACUUGUUCCUGUUUUCUUAUCUUCAUUUUCUUAA